AUGUAUCGAUUUCUGUUGCAAAUUCACUUUUUUCAUCUGAAACCUAGGGUUUCUCUCUCUUUCUUUCUUCACCCCUGUGAAGAAAGCGAGUGGAAGGCGCAGCUCACGCACGGUUUUGUAACAAUAAAAUCGCUCCCUGAGAAAAGGCGAAGGCUAGUGGAAUCACUGCCAAUUUUAGUAAGAAAUGGUAAAGAAUCAAUAAAACUGAAAAUAUAUAUCUUUCUUUUCAAUCGUAGUCUUAACUGUAAUGAGGGUUCUAUGGGGACCCCCAGUUGUGUUGGACAAGAUGAGGAAUUGACCCAAAAGCUGCAGAGUUUCUCCCUGUCUGAAAAAAGAGCAUUCCUACAUCGAUAUAAGAAGAGAUGA